UCUUUUACAUUCGACAUGGCGGAAAGUAAACCUGAAGAGAAGAAGGUGGAAAAGAAGGUGGAGAAGAAGAGGCCCGAGAAGAAAGUGAGGAAAGAGCCGAAGGAUGCGUCCAAGAAUGUGAUGCGCGAAGUUAGGAUUCGCAAACUCUGUUUAAACAUUUGCGUCGGGGAGUCUGGCGAUAGACUAACCCGAGCCGCAAAGGUAUUAGAGCAAUUAACUGGACAGCAACCAGUCUUCUCUAAAGCUAGAUAUACCGUUCGUUCCUUUGGUAUUCGCCGUAAUGAAAAGAUUGCAGUGCACUGCACUGUCCGAGGCGCUAAAGCUGAGGAGAUUCUCGAACGUGGAUUAAAAGUUCGUGAAUACGAACUGAGAAAAGAGAAUUUCUCUGGUACUGGAAACUUUGGUUUUGGUAUACAAGAACACAUCGAUUUGGGAAUUAAAUACGAUCCAAGUAUCGGUAUUUACGGUUUGGACUUCUACGUUGUACUUGGCAGACCAGGUUUCAACGUGGCACACAGGAGAAGGAAAACGGGCAAAGUGGGUUUCCAACAUAGAUUAACCAAAGAGGACGCGAUGAAAUGGUUCCAGCAAAAGUAUGACGGUAUCAUUAUAGCCGGAAAGAAGUAACGUACAAGUGUUUUGUAUCUUACGUGAGUUUCUUUCAUAAAGUUUUUAAAAACCGAACCAUAAGACCGUUUCAAUAAAACAUACCUAAAAUCUC